GAGCAAAUUCUCGACCAUCAAAACAAACAGGGCUGAUAAACACUGGGCUCACAGUAACUUGUCCGCAGUCAGUCCCAGUCACUGCUGCUGUUACAGAUCGAUCUGCUGUGUCACCAUGCUACUGAAAUCAUGCUGUAUUUACAGCACCGGAAUAUUUUCUAUUUUAAUGCUCAUUUUGGGCAUUUCUUUGGUCCUGUCUAACGUGUUUCCACAUUUCCUGCAGGGUGAGGUUGAAAAGGAAGUAGUUUUGAAGAAUGGCACAGAGGCCUUUGAUGCUUUUGAGAACCCCCCCGCUCCCAUCUACAUGCAGUUUUACUUCUUCAAUCUGACCAACCCCCUGGAGAUGCUGAAUGGCGACAGGCCAGCUGUGGUGGAAAUCGGACCUUAUACAUACAGGGAGUAUCGGCCCAUGGAGGAUGUGAACUUCCAGGAAAAUGGCACUAAAGUGGCUGCCGUCAACCCUAAGACUUACAUAUUCCAACGAAACAUGUCACGAGGCCCGGAGACAGACCUCAUCAGGACCGUUAACAUCCCUGCCAUGACGGUGAUGGAGAAGUUCAAGGAUAAUGCUUUAGCAGCCAGUGUCAUCUCAUCUUACAUGAGAUCCCAAGGAGAAGGUUUGUUCAUCACCAGAACAGUUAGAGAGCUGCUGUGGGGAUAUGAGGAUGGCCUGCUCAAAGCCCUCAGCCUGUUUCAGCCUGGUCUGGAUGAUGUUUUCGGACUCUUCUAUAAGAACAAUGGUUCCAAUGAUGGAAAGUAUGUUUUCUUCACUGGCCAGGGAAGCUCAAAAGACUUUGCCAGAGUGGACACAUGGAACGGUAAUAGCUCGUUGGAUUGGUGGACGUCUGAUGAAUGCAACAUGAUUAAUGGAACCAACGGAGCAUUUUUCCAUCCAGUCGUCACCAAAAAUGAAACACUUUACAUGUUUUCCUCUGACCUGUGCAGAUCUCUAUAUGCUGUGUAUGAGGAGGACGUGACAGUGAAAGGGAUUCCUGGAUAUCGCUUUACUCCUCCCAGCAAAGUGUUUGCAAAUCUGACUGUGAACCCAGAUAAUGCAGGUUUCUGUGUCCCUGCUGGAAACUGCCUGGGCUCUGGUUUGCUUAAUGUCAGUGCAUGUAAACAAGGAGCUCCCAUCAUAAUGUCGUCACCACACUUCUACCAAGCUGACGAGAAGUUUGUAAAGGAUGUUUUUGGCAUGAAUCCUAAGAAGGAGGAGCAUCAAACCACCAUUGAUAUCAAUCCGCUAACAGGAAUCGUCCUGCAAGCAGCCAAGCGCCUCCAGGUCAAUGUCUUUAUAGAGAAAAUACCCAGAUUCAGCCAAGCAGAGAACGUAAGGACAGUAGUUUUUCCUGUGGUUUAUCUCAAUGAGAGUGUCCUCAUUGACGACGCCUCAGCCGUGAAACUGCGGACGGUCAUGGUCAAGCAGAAUGUGGUGGUGAACAUCCCGUUCAUGCUGAUCGGUCUCGGCAUCAUCAUGGGAGUGUUGUUCAUGUUCCUCAUGUGUCGACAGAAGGUCCCUGAGAGUACUGCAGCUGAACGACAGCCCCUGCUCUCAUCAUAGCACCAAACAGGAAAGAGAAUACCAUGUCUACUGUAAAAUGUACCAUUUCAAGUAUUCAUUACAUCUGCAGCUUUUACUAUUAACCCCAAGUAUCAACUUCUUUUCACAAACACAAAAAUAUUAACGUUUUUGACCAUUGCUCAUAUUUUUGUGAAAUUGCUGCUUUGAGUGAGACUGGAUCCUGCAGGUGUAAGAGAGUAUUUAAGGAGAAGGUUAAGGGAGAAAGCCAAAUGUUAAACUUCAGGUAAAGUAAUUUAAGAAAAGAUAUUUCUAUUUAGCAAUGAUAUAAAAAUCAAUUUUUCACUCUUUUAUAUAGGCAAGAACAAUAAGUGUGUUAAAAUGAAGGAAACUGAAUAAUGAAUGCUAUUCCUAAAACCCAGACCUAAAGGCUUUUUAAGUCAUGUUGAUUUUUAGAAUCAUUUUUUAAAAGAAUGUCACAUUUGAUGUUUUUCUCUGAAUCAGUCUGCUUACCUGAAAGUGUGACUAUAUUGAGCUAAAUCAUGUCAGUGUAGAGGCUUUUACUGUGUUGCCGUUGGGGCAAUAUUAGUGUACAAUUUAACUGAACAUGCCAAACAUGACGUUGUAGUUCUGUACUGUAAAUACAUCAGAUGCCAACCGGGCCAUAGCAGUGUAAAGGGAAGGUUUCUGUCUGUUGCUUUUUUUUUUUUUUUUUUUUUGCCACAAGUUACUGAUUGUUUAAAUUCUGCUGAUUUUGUUCUAAAAUGUAACUCCUAUUCUUACGAACAUAUCAACACCUUUGACCAAGUGACACGUCUGCCAAAUAAAACCUAUUUUAGUCAUUUACUGGAGAUACUCCAGUGUAAGAGUAGGACAUUUUGCACUUAAAAACAACAAAUUAUCAGAUCAUAAUGUCUUGUCAAUUUGUACAUUUUUAUUAAUUUGUAAAAAAUUUAAAUCGAUAUGUUGACCAGAACAACACAAAAUACCACUAUGAUGCCAUUUUUGGAGCUUAUGUAACCACUGUUUCUGCUGUACAGACAUUACUGACAGGUUUUAUGAAGUUUUGUUGUUGCCAUAUGUAACAAAGAUAUUUCUUUUCACAACAACCUAUACAUACAUAUGGCUGUUCACACACUCAAUAGGUCAGAUAUCUAACAAUUUGCACGUGAUGUCAUAUACUACUACAUAUCAAUAAAGUUAUUGUGUUCCA